AUGAUCUCGGAGCUUCAGUCGACAGCGGAUCUCGGGAAAAACGGCCAAGAUGAGGAAAAGGAGGCAUUUCUCUCGGUGCCCCUAACUAACGACCAUGUUCCUCCAUCCACCAAGGAGGCCGCUCGGAGGAGCGCGAUCCGGACGCUUCAUAACUGGAUCGAGCUGAGCUCUGACAGCAGAGGCUAUGUUCAGUUUCAGGAUGCAGAUUCUUACGAUCUCCCUAAUCCAUACAUAACACCCGUAAAUCGCACCUCGGACGGGCCAGGCUAUAUGGUAUCGCUGUACCAUCAACUUCACUGCCUUUCAUAUCUCGUCGAGCAUUUCCAAGCAGGAUAUUCCGGCGUGGAAUUAACUGAUGAAAUUGCCCACCACUCGUCUCACUGCUUCGAUUACCUCCGACAGGCGAUCAUGUGCGCAGCCGACACUACUCUCGAGGGUGACACAGAGUACGGCCCGGGCUGGGGUUCAAAGCACGAGUGCAAGGACUACGAUGCGGUUCUGAAAUGGGCGAACGAACAUGCCACAAUGAGAUGGAGGACGAACAUGCCGGACGAGUCAACGCUGUGA